AUGAGGAAGGGUGCUAGAGAGAUUCCUGUGGAGAGUUGUUCCCUUCGAUGCAUAGAAACACUUUCAACGUGUAAAAGGAAAGUGUGUGGUGUGGAGAGACAGCGUGUUAAGGGGCAACAUGAAGAUAGUAAGCCUGUGAAGAGGCAACGUGUAGAGGCAACGUUUAGAGAGGCCGCUUGUAAAAAGGCAUCGUGUAAAGAGGCAGCGUGUAAAGAGGCAGCGUGUAAAGAGGCAGCGUGUAAAGAGGCAGCGUGUAAAGAGGCAGCGUGUAAAGAGGCAGCGUGUAAAGAGGCAGCGUGUAAAGAGGCAGCGUGUAAAGAGGCAGCGUGUAAAGAGGCAGCGUGUAAAGAGGCAGCGUGUAGAAUCUUUGAGAAAAAAUAA